GGAACAUGAACGGCAGAUCUUAUUACCAGUGGUGGGGUUAAAACCGCUGUCUAUGUCCCGCUACUUACAGUCAUUUGCAGAGGUGUGCAGGAGUGCUGCAAAGAAACAGUGCAGGACUUUUAUUUUCUUCAAAAAUCAGAAAGAGAGAAACGACGGAGAUGGCGAAUAAGGCACAAGAGUUGCUUCCCCUGCACUUGGCGGAACUCACUGCGACCCAGUUUCUCGACAUCUGGAAUAAAUUUGACGCUGACGGGAAUGGCUGCAUUGAAGGAAAGGAACUGGAACAUUUCAUUCUUGAGCUUGAGGUAGCACGGAAAGGUGCAAGUGCGGAAACUUCAAAUGCUUCCUUCAGAGAUAGAAUGAAGGAGUUUAUGCUGAAAUUCGAUGAGAACGGUGAUGGAAAGAUCGAGAUGUCAGAGCUUGCUCAGAUCCUGCCAACAGAAGAGAACUUUCUGCUGUUCUUCAGACAGUUUGUGGGCUCCAGUGCAGAGUUUAUGGCAGCAUGGAGAAAAUAUGAUACUGAUCGCAGUGGAUACAUUGAAUCGAACGAACUGAAGGGAUUUCUUUCUGAUCUGCUGAAGAAAGCCAACAGACAUUACGAUGACAAGAAACUGAGCGAGUAUACCCAGACCAUACUUAAAAUGUUUGACUUGAAUGGUGAUGGGAAGUUGGGACUGUCUGAGAUGGCAAGGCUCCUGCCUGUGAAGGAGAACUUUCUGCUUAAGUUUCAGAAUAUCAAGCUAUCAGCUGAUGAAUUUGAAGAAGUCUUCACCUAUUAUGACAAGGACAGAAAUGGUUACAUAGAUGAACACGAGUUGGACGCACUCCUACGAGACCUCUACCAAAAAAAUAAAAUGGCCAUUGACACCCAAUGUCUGGCUAGCUCAAAAAAGAGCAUCAUGGCGUUGUCUGAUGGAGGGAAGCUGUUUCGUACAGAGUUAGAGAUUGUGUUAUGCAAAGAGCCAGCAGUCUGAGCUCCCUUUAACUUUCAACGCAGGUGCAUGUGGUGGUCCUGUGCCACUUUUAUCCUUUCAAACUUAAUCAGCAUCUACAAUGUACCUCUCCGUCUGUGGCAUGCCUUUCCCGGGGAUAUGGCUUCUCGAUUAUGUCUGGAUCUCUUGCUUGUGUUUUUUUAAAUGUCAAAAUGUAUUUCUGACAUUGUGGUAUAAUGAUGAAAUAUACUGUCCUUUGCUCGUACUAAAUCUUCACUUUAUUUCAUGUGCGCAGUCUGUUGUAUCUUUCUCAGGAUUCUCUCUCGCUUUCUUUCUCUCGCUCUUAUUCUCUCUGUCUCUCCCUCCUAAGACUGUAAACUGUUUUGCCAACACUGCU